UCAGUCUUUGGCUCUAGAUUUAGAUCAUGAAUAUUUUUGACAUUUUGAUGAGUGAUUAUAUUCGUAUAUUCGUAUCUCUUCCAUUUCGGCCCUUUGUUCGUCUCAAGACGAACUAUAAACUUUAUCCUAAGUCCAAAGUCGUUUUCUUUCACGUGAGUUUGUUUACUUGAAGCUUAUAAAUUUGAAACCAAGGCACGCAAAACAGUUCAUUUGAGGCUAUUUACACAGCUGUUGUAAGACGAUGGCCGAUAUUGAAGUGAAGCAGAAAAAACGAAAAAUAAGCGAUGUUUUCAAGAAGAAGAACAAAGAAAAUAAGAAAGAGCUUGCGGAAGAAGUUGAAGUCUUAGACGUCAAAGAGACUGGAGAAAAAACGGUAGAAAAAUCAGGAGAGAAGGAUGUUGAAACUGCUGACGUUCAAGACACCCAUGAAAGAAAGAAAAAGAAAUUUGGUCACCGAAGAUUUCUACCUUCGCGUAACAAGAAGUCGAAAAAAGAAAAAAGUGAAGUUGAGAGCUCACAGGUUGUUAAGGAAGAAAACCUGGUCAUGGAUAGAGACAAACCAGGUCAGGUGGAGGCAGAAGAAGAAGAAUUUGUCGAAGAAAAGGACAACAUAGAACCAGAACCAGAGAAAGACAACAGCGAGGAGUUUACUUCUGAAGUACAAAAUGUACAAUUGAAGUGCGAGUCACCUGAAGCUGUUAUCCAAUCAGAUGGCAAAGAGGUUACAGCCCAAACAAUGGCCACUAAUGUCAACAAGAACAAAGAACAACUCAAAAAUGAUGUCUUGUUGAAAGAGGAAAGCCAAAGUAGCGAGGAAGGAUCGGUGAUCCGUGCUCUCUUACGCCAAGGUGUGCCAUCCGAAGAAACACCAACAGAUGAACAUCACGAUCCAGAUUACUCUUCAGAUUCAACAAAACAAGGGGAAGAUGAAGAAAAAUGCGAUUCAAAUGAGGUUGAAAGAUGUAUUCGGGAAAAGAUGACUGGCCGGAAGAUUCAUUGGAUGCCGGAGACCGUUAGUACUACCCCAGUUGGCAGACCAGGGACGCCCAUUAGCAGGCCUUUGUACUCAACCGUGCUAAUUUGCACCGCUUAAUUACACACUAAAUGAAUAGCCAUUUGGUAAUGCAUUCAUAAAAACUAAAAAAGAUAGGAAAUGCAAUAACAUCUACUGAAUGGACCUUGAACUUUGUCAUAAUUAC